GGGAAGAUAUACUAUAAACACCAAAUGCAUAAGGCGCAUGUUCACGCAGUGUAAGCAUUAAUGAGAUUUUAUCAACAAAGGUGGAAAUAACCGAUUUCCAUAUGGAAUGUAAGGAAAAAAUUCAAGUCCCUGUUUUCUUAUCUGUGGACAAGGAGCUUUUCGCAAGGGAGAUCUAUCCUCUGAGAAAACCAGCCGUGCUUAAAGGAGUAUCUUUAGGCCAAUGCCUAGAAAAAUGGACUUUGGCUUACCUCGCAGAAAAGGGGGGUGACCGUGAGGUCAAAGUUCACGUGUCUUCUGCGUCUCAAAUGAGUUUCCUGCAUAAGAAUUUUGUAUACAGGACUUUACCUUUUGAUACGUUUGUCCAGAGAGCUGCUGAAGAUGAACACUUAGACUUUUUCAUUAGUAAGGAUGAGAGUUAUUACUUGCGAUCACUUGGUGAAGAUGCUCGUAAGGAGCCAGCUGACCUGAGAAAGCAGUUUCCGGAACUGGCGGAGGACUUCCACAUCCCUUGUUUCUUUGAGCCUGAGCAGUUUUUCUCAAGUGUGUUACGGAUCAGCUCACCUGGACUGCAGCUGUGGACACACUACGACGUAAUGGACAACCUGCUGGCUCAGGUGACUGGAACAAAGCGUGUUGUCCUCUACAGCCCCCAAGAUGCAUUGCAUCUGUACCUUACAGGUGAUAAAUCUGAAGUUUUGGACAUUGACUCUCCAGACUUGGAGCAGUUCCCAGAAUUUGUGAAAGCCUGUCGCUAUGAAUGUGUUCUAGAACCAGGGGACCUACUGUUCAUCCCAGCCCUGUGGUUUCACAACACCAUGGCUCUUCAGUUCAGUGUUGGCAUCAACAUGUUCUGGCGACACCUGGCCCCUGACAGCUAUGAUAAGAAGGACCCUUAUGGGAACAAGGACCCCUUGGCGGCUACACGGGCGCUGCAGACCCUGGAGCGGGCGUUGAGCAUGCUGGAUGAGCUACCAGAUGACUACCGUGACUUCUACGCCCGUCGAAUGGUGCGGCGUGUGCAGAGCCGGGCAUACGCCUCCAGACGCCUGCAAUGUCACAGUUCUGCUCACCCACCUCCAGACAUGCAGGACAUACAAAACUGAAAUGGGCACAGCAAGUGCAGUUAAUGUUAAUUGCAGUUAUAUUUCAAUUGAAUUGCUGAGCUGUUAAAAAGAGGUUGGAUGGAGCAGGCCAUUGGACUGUCAUAACAGUUCCCACUCGUGUUCUGCUUCAGCUGAGCUUGGACUAUGUGCCUUCAAAUUCUCUGUCCCUGCCAAAUUGCUUUUGAAAUAAUCUGGACCAGGGGAUGCCAUCCCUAAUGCUGGAGCCCCACUGCCCAACACACUGUCAUGUUCUCCCAGACCCGGCUGGACCAGCUGUACGUUGAGGUGUGGACUCCAGAACUGGAGUUGAGUACAUCUCAUGCAUCACCGUGUGCUUGGCAAAACCAGGAUGGGAGAUUUUUAGCAAAAUUCCUGGACAUUCAGUUAUGUUUUUACCCUUAAAUAAUCAUCAAAUAUGUUGACUUUAAUUUAAAGAAAAUUGCAUUUUAAUGAGUUUCCAAAAAGUGGUUUAUUGUGUUUGGCAGAAGUAAGUCCAAUAUAUGAAACAUCCAUCAAAUCCAUAUGUAGAUGGAUAGAGUUUGCUGAUGAAUGCUUCAUAUCCUCUGGUCACACAGACUCUGACUGGGUCACAGUUUGCUCUGCAUGUUUCAAGUGGCUGUAUUUUUAAAUAAAUAAAUGGUGGUUCUGCC